AUGAUGGGCGCCAUUGAACGCAAGCCUGGGAAGAAAAUCGGAGGGCAAGAAAUCGAACUUCGUGCGACUGGCAAUGAGCGAUAUAAGUGUUUGGGAAGGGUUAUUUAUACUCCCUUCGAGCGCACCGACUUGGAAGGACGUAGAACCAUUGCCGAGACCAAGAUUGUCUUGACCUUUGACUUGCAAAGCAAGUAA